AUGGCUUCGCGUGGAUCUCUCGAUGUCUUGCAACCCAUCCAGCUCAACCAACUCCACGAUGCUCCUCGUCCCCCGCUGAAGAAGCGCAAGUUAUCCGCUUCUAAUGAAUUAGCAGUUGAUAACAUCGUCAUUCGGGCCCAUGCCGCGUCCUUAUACGAUGAACCGUACGUCCUUGAGCCGAUUGCGACAAUCCCACGGCACCAGUUCCCCUUCGACUGGUUAGAUAUCCCGUCUGUGCUGUCGCAGAUCCAAUCGGGAAGUCUGUUCACAGCACACAUCCCUUCCCUCGAGUCGGACGCGCAGCCUGAGCUGAACGUCCUGAUUGUACGGUUAGCCUCCGAUGGCGGAUUAUACGUGAUCGAAAGAGUGAAGAGGGGCAUCUACUCCCUUUCGAAACUAGCCCGGGGCGUAGAAGAAGGAGAUGUCCGUGUUGCCGUAAAAGCGUCUAGCCACCGAGCCAGCGCCUUACCCCCAUGCACACCUCGCAAAGGGGUGGAUAUCUCCUCUGAUGGCGGCGACUGGUGGCGAAUGGCGCAGGUUGACGAUCCGGCGCCUGAUCUUAGCAUCCAGAUCCCAACCAAACGACCCAAGGUUGAUUUUGUUUUCGGGGUGAAUACUGAACCUGUGGACCGUGAUGAGCAGAUGAAGGGCAUGUCUCCGAUUGAUCCUAUGGAUCGGAGUUCGAGCUGUGAUGUGCGUAUGAUCUCUGUACCUCCUGAGCAGCAACUUCCUUUGGAAACUGCUGGGGCAAGGGUUGGCGAGGAAAAUGUUUGCGAAACUACGCAGUCUCCUCAGGAGCUUUUUGAUGGACUGAGGGAGCAGUAUUUGCAGACUCUCUAUGUUUCAAAGACAUCUGUUGCAUACUUUGCCAAAGGUCCUUUGCCGCGCUGUCGAGCCGCAUUCCAAGCCCCGGAACAGCCCGCGGGCAACAUAUCCGAGCUUGUUAGCUUCUAUAGAGAGGCUAUUUUAACAGCCAAGAAGAUGGACUUGAAGUUCCGCGAAACUCUACCGGCAACUGUACACGACGUUGUGCUCAGCGUAUCUGACGAUGAGGCAGCGCCGAAGAAGAGGAAGAGCAAAAAGAAAACGCUUGGAAGGAACGGGUUUUAUCCAGAGGAACCGGACUUCAUUCGACGCUGGUGGAAGAACCGCACGCUGACAGAGAUCGGUUCGUCAGUUGAAACCUCUAGAGAUGCGGAAAUCAAGAAGCAUGUGUCUGACUUGCGAUUGCGCGAGACCCAACUCCAGAUCCUCCUUAUUUUGGAGACGAUCGCACUUGAAACGGCUGCUGCGGAUGAAGCGAAGAAGACCGGGCAGGGUGAAGCCUGUGCUGAGAUAACUACGGAGAAGCCAAAGCCAAAAAGCAAGAAGGCCCAAGAUCUCAAUGUGAUGCUCGAACUCCACCUGGAUCGGCUAUGCAUCUGGCACGCCGUGAGCUUUGACGAUACUGCGGUAUCUGAAACCCAAGCUUCAGGAAACAGCCAGCAAUCUGGAAAGGUGGGUGGAAGUGACGCCAUGCGGGACUUCUGCACUGAGGUUAUCAUCCCAUUCUACGCUUCGCGGUUGCCAGAUCGUUGCAAAACCAUUACUCGGAAGCUGGGAGUUUCAGCGAGCACGAUAUCCCCAUUCCACAAGUCAGCCAAGAAGCCUCGUAAAGAAUCAGGUGCUACCGAGCGCAAUACAUCUCACAAGUCUCGCCGUCCACUACACCGGGUUUUGACGGACGAGCAGAGUACCUCGCAAAGCCGACCGCAACCAUCACUGAACCGCUCCAUUACUGCUCCAUCACAGAUAGAGACUAAGCGAGAGACCACGCCCUUGCUACCAUCGCUCAGCGGCAGCGUCCGAGGCGGGAUCCAGAAAGCCAAGCGAGCAGAGAACCGAGAAGUCGAUCUGUUUGCUGUGGCACGGCAGCAUGAGACGAAGCUAAAGCGCGUUCAGAUGUUAGCAGACCAAAAGAAAGAGCUAGAUGCUGCUAUUCACGCACUCCGGAAACCGAACCGCGAACUCGUAGCCAAGGACAUUGCCCAGGAUGCAGACAGACGGUCCAGCUCACGAAAGCCCAAGAACCCGGUACGAAAUCCGCUAGGCCAGGGUGUCCAGGUCAUGGCCACGCCCAGCAAGGUACGGAAGAGAGACGCCGUCGUUGGCCUUCCUCCUUUGCCCAAGAACGCGGGUCGGUCCAAGUCCUCAAAAGCUCCAACUAUGUCGUCCUCGUCGCCAUUCAACUCUGAGCCACAAGUUAUUCCUGCCUCCACUACCCGGCCUACCUCGUUUACAAGCACGCCCAGGUUUACUGCCGAUGUUGUGGUACAAGAGACUCCCUCCCGCCGGCCACCACAGCCUUUAGGGUUAUCCAAAGACCCUGAAGAGCCCAGCGUAUCAGAGUCCCCCAUCCCUGGAUCCGGAAACCUCUUCCGCGUCCCUCCUCGACCAGGUUCUCGGCCCGCGGAAACAAAUCCAUCAACACCGGUCAGAUCACAACAUGUGGAUGCUACAGAUGUUGAUAUGUCCCUAGACGCCUACCAACCACGCCUACCUCCUCCUCCCCCACCCCUCUUUGCUUUGCCCAGCAAAAUCACUUCUUCGGCGCAGAGUUCCAUGGUCUUCGAGACACCGCCAAGGUCUAAACCGGCUCCAGCUCCAGCUGCGGCUGGCCGUCGACCAAGUGCUUCUGGUCCUGGUCCUGGCUUUAGGAAGCCUGCGGUUGUUGUACCAGUUACGCCGGAGAAAUCAAUAUAUUCGACGCUGGGAUGGGAUGAUGAUGAUGAUGAACUUGCAUUGUGA